UGGACUUGUAACCUCAGUACCUCAGAGUAAUUAAGACUGACAACACGUCUCCGAACAAUGUUAUGAUUGUGUUUUAUCGUGUUUUAACGGGCAGUAUUUGUUGGACUUAUAUUUAGAGGUCAAGUAGAUAAAAUGCUUCGGGAAGUGUUGUUGGUUGCAUUGUGCAUUGUCGUGAGAGCAGCUGAUGAGAAUGAAACAUGUAAUAUGAAAAAUGGAGAAGUCGGAAUAUGUAAAAAUAUCCGAAACUGUCCGUCAGCGCUCGAAAACCUAAGAAAACGUAUACAACCACAGCUAUGUGGAUUCGACAAGACUGAUCCCAUUGUCUGUUGUGUGGAGAGCGUUACCACGCCGGCGCCUACGCAGCCUCCCAUCGCCACUACCACCAAACGUCCGCAGGUGACAACGACGACAGAGUACGAGCCACCCCUGUAUGAGUACGAGACGGUAGACCGUCAAGGCUCCGGCUGUCCACCCAUUGAUGCCAACUUGACUUCGCCGAAAAUAGGACGGAAAGCAUGGGACAAAUGUUUGGAGUACCAGGAGAAACUAGUAUAUCCUUGCGAGAAGAGCUUCUCUCUUAGUUUAAAUGACGCUAUGGAAAGGAAAGUCAAGUGCCAUAAUAAUGCAGAUGAUCUUAUUAUUGGAGGGCAGAAUGCAUCAAGAAACGAAUUUCCUCACAUGGCGCUGCUCGGUUACGGAGAGGAGCCGGACGUGCAGUGGUUGUGCGGCGGAACCCUUAUCAGCGAAAACUUUAUUCUCACAGCCGGCCAUUGCAUAUCAAGCAGAGACGUUAAUUUAACGUAUGUGUAUUUGGGAGCUUUAGCGAGGAGCGAAGUCACAGACCCUUCGAAACAGUACAGGAUUAAAAAGAUCCACAAACACCCAGAGUUUGCACCGCCAGUGAGAUACAACGACAUCGCGCUUGUGGAGUUAGAGAGGAAGGUACCAUUGGACGAGUGGUUGAAGCCAGCGUGCCUGCACAUGGGCGACGAGACCGCAGACGACAGAGUGUGGGCGACGGGCUGGGGACUCACCGAAUAUAAAGCAUCGUCGGGCGCUAACAUACUGCAGAAGGUGGUAUUAAACAAGUUCUCUACAUUCGAAUGUAUACUGCAGUAUCCGCCGCACAGGCUGAUGAGUCAAGGGUUUGACGUGAAUUCGCAGAUGUGCUACGGGGACAGGAGUCAGUCUAAAGAUACUUGCCAGGGUGACAGCGGCGGCCCCUUGCAGAUCAAACACAAGAAGAUCAACUGCAUGUGGUUAAUUAUCGGUGUGACGUCGUUCGGUAAAGCUUGCGGGUUCAUCGGCGAGCCGGGAAUAUACACUAAGGUGUCACAUUAUAUCCCCUGGAUAGAAAGUGUCGUGUGGCCUUAGAAGACUGACGGAUCUUUGUAACGUUCAGAAAUAGACUGAUAAAGGUUUUCAUUUAAUAUGAUGUCGGGUGACAGGGCAAGCUAGUUCCUCGUGAGAAAAGGAAACGUGAUAACUAAAAUUUCUCGAUAAUUCUUGUUUUUACUUGUUUUAUUAUAAUAGUACAUUUAUCCUGUGUCUUAAAUAGGAAUAUUUGCCUAUAUGGAAUGCAUGAUUAAUGUGAAAUAUACAACUUUAAUAGAGAAUAAAUUACUUUUAAAUACUGAAA